AUUUCUCUCCUCUCUCACCCAACUUCUCUUUAGUCUUCCCAACAUCACUCAGAGAGUAAGCUCCAGAAAACAAACCUUAAUUACUUUUCAAAAUCAAUGGGUAAGCUCCAGAAAAUUGGGAGAUUAUGGGAUUGUCUGUUUCUUCCGACAAAUCAGUGUUCAUGUUUUUGUCUAAACACUCUAGAAAACGAUGAAGAAGAAGAAGAGUUUGAGAAGAAACCACUGAUAGAUUCUUCAACAGAGAAUUCUGGGAAGAUCAUGAGAUUGAAAGAUGUAGUAGCUGAUGAUCAUCGUCAGACUCUUGCCUUUCAUCUUAAGCCUAAGGUAGUGGAGCUAAAGGUGUCUAUGCAUUGCUACGGAUGUGCGAAGAAAGUCGAGAAGCAUAUUUCUAAAUUAGACGGAGUGACAUGGUACAAAGUGGAGCUUGAAAGCAAGAAGGUAGUGGUGAAGGGGAACAUAAUGCCAAUAGAUGUGUUAGAGAGUAUUUGUAAGGUCAAGAAUGCUCAGCUUUGGUCUUCUUCUUAAUUUCUUUCUAUUCCACAUGGGCCUUUCAUGUCCAUCUCCAUCUCCAUCUCCAUGUUAUGUUAUUAUCAUUAUCUAAUUAUGCUUAGGUACACA